AUGGAAGCGCUCGGAAUCGCGCCGUUCCAACUGGUCCUCUACGCGGUGAACUUCAUCGCGUUGGUCGUGCUGUUGAGGCUGUUCCUGUACAAACCGGUCAAGGUGAUGCUGGCCCGCCGCCAGCAGAAGAUCGCCGACGGGCUGGAGGCGGCCGAACGCGCGCAGAAGGAAGCCGAAGGCCAGCGCGCCGCGUUCGAGCGCGAGCUGGCCGCCGCUCGCGAGGAUGCGCAGCAGGAGGCGCGCGCGGCCGCGGAAGCGACCGAGCGCAUGCGCGGCGACGUGCUGCAGUCCGCCCGCGAGGAGGCGGAGCAGAUCAAGGCACGCGCCCGCGAGGAAGCGGAGCGCGAGCGCGAGCAGGUGACCGAAGCCCUGCGGCGAGAGGCCGGGGAGCUGGCGCUGCUGAUCGCCCGCAAGGUGAUCGCGGAAACGGUGGAUCCGGCCACCCAUCGGGCCCUCGUGGAUCGCGUCUGGCCGACAUCGAUCCGCUACGAGGUCGACUCGCAGUUGAUCGGCGGGCUGCUCAUCCGGGUCGGGGACGAGGUGAUCGACGGCAGCGUCGCCGCGCGGCUGCGCGAGCUUGACAGCACGUUGCGGCGGACCAAAUGA